ACCACAAAUUCACCUAACACCGACCCUCUUUUUCAUGCUGUUUACAAGGAAGAAUGAUACGACUCUUCUUUUGCUUUUUAGAUACCUCCCCAUUACAAAUUCUUAAUUAUCAUUUUUACUAGUAACACACAAAGAGAGAGAUAUGUGUAAGAGACUAAUUUGGCGUUGCCCACCAACCUAACUUCCCUUUCUACUUCAUCAACAACUCGUGUCCACUUUUCUCACACAAACUUUGGUUCAAGAUUAUAUAAUUAUAAACACGCCUCCCGCGUGAAUAGAAAACGCAAACAUCAUAAGAACAUCAUAAGACGAACUCUUCCGGCUUCACUACCGCUUUGUGAUGGACAAUAAGGCCAAUCAUGGAGAUGAUAGGCAUGAGAGUGUUCCUCCUAUCCAUAGCCAAGUCGUGAAGAUCAAAAGAGAGUUUGAGAAGAUACAACACCCGUCUCUGAGGCAGCCUGAGAUGCCAAGGGUGCGUCGUGAGAUCGUGAGUCCACAGCGUUCCCGUUCUCCCCUGGGAUUAGGAGAGAGAGAAAGACCCAUCCCCGUUGGGAAUUGAUAACAAAGAGAGAUAGAGAGCGAGCGAGAGAUAGAGAUAGGUGAUCCUUUGUGAUUAGAUUUUCUCUUUAUCUUUCAAUGUAAAUAUCUUUGGUGAAUAUGAUGAGUCUCCUGUUUAAUAUCCUGAAA